AGGGAAUCCCGGCAGUCAGUGAGGAGCAAAUCUGAGACACCCCUCACUCCCUGCCCCAACCUUCCACCAAAGUGUGAUCAUCGGAAAGGGAAGAAUUAGGAUGUGGGGAGAGGAGGGUUAAAGGGAGAGGAGGGGAGAGGAAUGAGACAACACAUAUAAAUAUAAAGGAGCAAAGGUUUAAACAGCAGAUCAGCCAGGAGAUUCCAGGAUACGAAGAAGUGCGGCCCCGUCUAACACCCCGACUGCAGUAUGGAUCCAGCAGCGAUGGAAGAACUGGUGAAGGUAAUGGAGAAUAUGCAGUUUACUAUGGGCCAUAUUGAGGGGGUAUCACUGCCAGGCUUCACCUGUGAUGCGUGGGACACAAUAUAUAAUUUCCAGGCCCGGGAGGACGACAUCCUCAUCUCUACCUACCCCAAAGCAGGGACAACGUGGAUGCACGAGAUCAUGGAUCUGAUAUUACAAGAGGGAGACAUACAGAAGAGCAUGAGGGCCCCGUGUUACGUCAAAGUGCCCUUCAUAGAGAUGGUAACACCAAAGCCCAUGCCAUCAGGUGUGGAGUUGGCAGAAAAGAUGGCAUCUCCUCGUAUCCUAAAAACUCACUUACCAAUUAGUCUGCUUCCACCCUCCUUUUUGGAGAAAAAUGUCAAGGUUGUCUAUGUUGCCAGAAAUGCCAAGGACUGUAUGGUUUCUUAUUAUUACUUCCAGAAGAUGAACAAGGGUCUGCCGGACCCCGGAACCUGGGAGAAUUACUUCUCAACUUUCCUGUCUGGAGAUGUGCCAUGGGGGAGUUGGUUUGACCAUGUACUUGGUUGGUGGAAAGCUGUGGGCAAACACCAGAUACUCUUUGUCUUCUAUGAGGACAUGAUCAAGGACCCAAUGUGCGAGAUUCGGAAAGUCAUGAAGUUCCUCGGGAAGGAUUUAUCUGAUGAGGUUUUGGAGAACAUUAAGUAUCACACUUCCUUCCAGGCCAUGAAGGAGAACCCUAUGGCAAAUUACACCACACUACCCAAGGCUAUCUUUGACCAAACCAUAUCUCCUUUCAUGAGAAAAGGGAUUGUGGGGGAUUGGAAAACCCAUUUCACAGUGGCACAGAACAUUAUCUUUGAUGAGAAAUACAAGAAGACAAUGGAGGGCAGUGGGCUAAACUUCCGCACUGAACUUUGAUAGAGAUUGGCAUCUAAGAACCCAUCUUCACACCGGGAACAACCUGUGCCAACAAGAUUGUACAGAGGAGCAAAAGAGGCACAUGAAGUUCAAUAACAGACUCUUCUACUUCGCCCUUUCUUGGUAGCACCUUUAUUCUUCUGUACAGGACAUAAGGAACCUGUUGAGCUAAAGUUUAUAUCUGUCUAUUGUGCCUUAAAUAAGUAGAUGGAAGAACAAAUGGCAAGACUUUAGUUGUAGGUCUGGGAUUGAAGGAAGUCACACACACCCACACAGAGUUGCUGACUUGUAUUCUUACCUGAAAGAAGAUUGAAAAAAAGUAGAGAGACAAAAAAACACAAUAAAUUAAGAGAGAGAAA